ACUGCUCAUGCCAAUCAACGAGUAGUGCAAGGCCCAAUCCUAAUCGCAAAAUCGGCAUUUCGAGGAAUCUUGAAGGAGCAUGUCUUCCGCAGGAGCUGCACCAAGACAGGCACAGGCCAACGCCGCGCCUGCAGCGCGAGAGGAGCAGUCGACAUGGCAGAGGCUAUGGGGUGUGGCCCAGCAAAUGCUAGUUAUGUACCUAGUCAUGCAAGUCGCCACGAAGUUCUUUGCCCCCAAACAGGCGGAUGCUCCUGCACCGUCCACUGCUGCUCAGGAUAGUCGCGCAGCACAACCGGGCUCUCAGGGCUCCCAGGCCGCUACACCGCAGCAGGCGACCCCGGGAUGGCCUCUUGGUAUACCGUUGGCCAUGCACGUGCACUUCUCAACCACGCCGGACGGCUCAGAUGUCUUCGCGAAUCAAUGGUCCUCAGACUCUGCGUCAAGCAAGGCACAGUUCCCGAGCUUUGUCUGGGAGAACAUCACGUACGGCGACUUCAAGGAGUCACGAACAGUUGACCUGGUGCUGGAUUUGCCGGAUAGCAUACAACAUAACGGAUCUCUCUGGGCGGAUAUAUUCCUCGUAAAGGACGGUGCAAGUCCUGACCCAUCAAAGCCGAACUUUGACGUUCGCGCCAUCCAUCGUGCGAGGAAAUUGUUAACACGGUACCUACCGAAGGCUAAGGUUCGCAAACAGAAGAAUUUGCUCAGCGGCGGGCAGGAAGAAGAGCCAGAAGAGGCGGAGGAGCCUCAACAGGACGACAUAAUUGUGUCUCACUGGCAUUCUAACCUUACGCUGGCUCUUGUCUCUGAUGCGACAGUCAUACCCAUUACCAAGCUGCCUGAACCUGUCGCAAGACACGUUGAGGCCUACCCCGAAAGUGACCAGUCCGGGACCAAGAUAUUCUACAAGCCCAUCAUGUACCCGAAUGAUUUCUGGUUGCUCCGUUCACAAUUCUUCGAGAUCAACACCACCACUCCGCAGCUUCCUCUCCAAGUCACUUUCCAGCCCAUGUCGUACUGGAAGUUCCAAAUCUUCGCUACCAUGACGCAAGGAUUCGACGAAGCCGCCAAACAGCAGGGCAGUGCGGGCGGUGCGGAGUUGGACGAAAUCAAGCGGAUGCUUGUGGAGACUAACCCGUGGUUCUUGGGUUUGACUGCGCUGGUUAGCGUGCUGCACAUGGUGUUUGAGAUGCUUGCCUUCAGUUCGGAUGUGUCACAUUGGAGACACAAACAGGAGCUCGUCGGUGUAUCCGUGCGGAUCGUCACGAAUGUCGUCGUCCAGAUCAUUAUCCUACUGUAUCUCAUCGACAAUAAUGAACAGACUAGCUGGAUGAUUCUAAUGGGCUCUGGCGUUGGUGUUCUCAUCGAGGCCUGGAAGAUCACGAAGGCCGUAGACAUCGGCAUCGCGCCCUCGGCCCCGGGUUCAUGGUUCCCAUACCGCUUGGACAUCCAAGAUAAGCAUGUCUUGACUGAGGACGAGAAGAAGACCCAAGAGUACGACAAGCUCGCGUUCCGCUACGUGUCUUAUGUCACGAUCCCAUGCUUGGCGGGUUACACCGUCUACUCGCUUCUCUACGAGACACAUAGAGGCUGGUACAGUUUCGUCAUCUCAACACUGACGUCCUUCGUGUACAUGUUUGGUUUCGCACAACUCGUCCCGCAACUGAUCAUAAACUACAAACUCAAGAGCGUUGCCCACAUGCCCAUGAAGGCGAUGAUAUACAAGUCUUUGUCGACGGUUGUGGAUGAUCUUUUCGCGUUUUGCAUUAAAAUGCCGUUCUUGCACAGAUUGGCAUGUUUCCGGGACGACGUUGUGUUCCUCGUUUUUCUCUACCAACGGUGGAUAUACCGAAUCGACCCGAAGCGAGUGAACGAAUAUGGUCAAGUGAUGGCAUCGGAAGUAGAUGCCGUACAAGCGAAGGAGGGGAAGGAGGACGCAGAGACCAAGAAGAACAAAUGAUCAAUUGGAUGACCAGUCUGAGGGUGCCCUGUAUAGAUGCUACACGUUGUAUGUAUCACGGCCGGAACAUGCGCGAAAUUCCUGUUCGUCUCAUCUGACGGGCGGGCGUAUGGCAGAGGAUGCCCCAUAUGUACUGAGCUGGGCCACUCGCCGGGACGCUGCGGUGUUGAGAAAGGUAUGCUGGGAGGAGGAGGCCGUCCGUGGAC